CCCCGCGCCGCGGCUCGCUCACCUGCGCUCCCGCCCGCCCCUCGGUGCGCGCCAGGCCCACCAGCCGCCGCCGCCUGCACCCCGAGCGCCACCAUGAACUCGCUCUUCAGGAAGAGAAACAAAGGCAAAUACAGCCCCACCGUGCAGACCCGCAGCAUCUCUAACAAGGAGCUCUCAGAGCUGAUCGAGCAGCUGCAGAAGAAUGCCGACCAGGUGGAGAAGAACAUCGUGGACACGGAGGCCAAGAUGCAGAGUGACGUGGCUCGGCUGCAGGAGGGUCGGCAGCCUGAGCAACGGGACGUGACCCUGCAGAAGGUCUUGGACUCAGAGAAGCUGCUCUACCUGCUGGAGGCAGAUGCGGCCAUCGCCAAGCACAUGAAGCACCCGCAGGGAGACAUGAUCGCCGAGGAUAUCCGUCAGCUAAAGGAACGCGUGACCAACCUGCGCGGGAAACACAAGCAGAUCUACAGCCUGGCGGUGAAGGAAGUGGACCCACAGGUCAACUGGGCGGCACUGGUGGAGGAGAAGCUGGACAAGCUGAGCAGCCAGGGCUUCGGGACUGACCUGCCACUGGUGGAUCACCAAGUGGAGGAGCACAACAUCUUCCACAACGAGGUCAAGGCUAUCGGGCCCCACCUGGCCAAGGAUGGGGACAAGGAGCAGAACAGCGAACUCCGGGCCAAGUACCAGAAACUGCUGGUGGCAUCACAGGCCCGGCAGCAGCACCUGAGUUCGCUGCAGGACUACAUGCAGCGCUGCACCAACGAGCUGUACUGGCUGGACCAGCAGGCCAAGGGCCGCAUGCAGUAUGACUGGAGCGACCGCAACCUCGACUACCCCAGCCGCCGGCGCCAGUAUGAGAAUUUCAUCAACCGGAACCUGGAGGCCAAAGAGGAGAGAAUUAACAAACUGCACAGCGAGGGUGACCAGCUGCUGGCGGCCGAGCACCCCGGGAGGAACUCCAUUGAGGCACACAUGGAGGCUGUGCACGCUGACUGGAAGGAGUACCUGAACCUGCUCAUCUGCGAGGAGAGCCACCUCAAGUACAUGGAGGACUACCACCAGUUCCACAAAGACAUGAAGGACGCUCAGGAGCUGCUGCGCAAGGUGGAUUUGGACCUAAACCAGAAAUACAGCCCUGACUUCAAGGACCGGUACCAGAUUGAGCUGCUAUUGAGGGAGCUGGAUGACCAGGAGAAGGUGCUGGACAAGUAUGAGGAUGUGGUGCGGGGGCUGCAGAAGCGAGGCCAACAGGUGGUGCCUCUCAGGUACCGCCGGGAGACGCCGCUCAAGGCCAUCCCUGUGGAGGCACUCUGUGACUUCGAGGGGGAGGUUGACGUGGCCAACCACCUGGAGAAGAGCCUGCAGCAGGGCUGGGAGUCGCUGGCCAUACAGGAGAACCGUCUGAAUCAGGACAACACCGUCCCUGAGAGCAGCCGUGUCCUGGACAGCAAGGGGCAGGAGCUGGCAGUGAGUCUGGGGUCUGAGUCCUGGGAGUCCUGCUCUGAGCAGCUGCUACAGAUCGAGCCUGAGAAGACGCGGAGUGCGGCUGAGGGCGAAGCCUUCAUCCAGGCCCUCCCGGGCAGCGGCACCACACCCCUGCUGAGGACCCGGGUGGAGGACACCAACCAGAAAUAUGAGCGCCUGGUGCAGCUGCUGGACUUGGCCCAGGAGAAGGUUGACGUGGCCAACCGCCUGGAGAAGAGCCUGCAGCAGGGCUGGGAGUUGCUGGCCACACAGGAGAACUGUCUGAAUCAGGACAACACCGUCCCUGAGAGCAGCCGUGUCCUGGACAGCAAGGGGCAGGAGCUGGCAGCCCUGGCCUCUGAGUUACAGGCCCAGAAGUCCCUCCUGGGCGAGGUGGAGCGGAAUCUGCAGGCAGCCAAGCAGUGCUCGAGCACGCUGGCCAGCCGCUUCCAGGAGCACUGCCCAGACCUGGAGCGCCAGGAGGCCGAGGUUCACAAGCUGGGCCAGCGUUUCGACAACCUGUGCCAGCAAGUGGAGCGCAGGGCACAGAGCCUGCGGAGUGCCAAGGCAGCCUACGAGGACUACCGCAGUGGCCAUGACCACAUGCUGCAGUUCCUGGCCAGCAUCCCCAGUUACGAGCCCCUGGAGACAGACAGCCUCAGCCAGAUGGAGACCAAGCUAAAGAACCAGAAGAACCUGCUAGAUGAGAUAGCAGGUAGGGAGCAGGAAGUACAGAAGAUCUAUGCCAAUUCCCAGCAGUAUCAGCAAGCUGUAAAGGACUAUGAGUUAGAAGCAGAAACACUAAGGUCCCUUCUUGACUUGGAGAAUGGAAGGAGCAGCCACGUGAACAAGAGAGCCAGACUCCAAUCUCCCGCUGCCAAAGUGAAAGAAGAGGAAGCAGCUCUUGCUGCCAAGUUCACUGAAGUUUAUGCCAUCAACAAACAGAGGCUGCAGAAUCUAGAGUUUGCUCUGAAUCUCCUCAGACAGCAGCUGGAAGUAGAAGUGACCCAUGAGGCCCUGCAGAGGAACAAGCCGGACUCCGGAGUGGAAGAGGCAUGGAAGAUCAGGAAGGAACUGGAUGAGGAGAAGGAGCGGAGGCAGCAGCUGGAGAACGAGAUCAAGAGCACCCAGGAAGAGAUCCGGACCCUGCGGAAUCAGGGGCCUCAGGAAUCGGUGGUGAGGAAGGAGGUGCUCAAGAAGGUGCCAGAUCCCGCGCUGGAGGAGAGUUUCCAGCAGCUGCAGAGGACGCUGGCGGAAGAGCAGCACAAGAACCAGCUGCUGCAGGAGGAGCUGGAGGCACUGCAGCUGAAGCUGCGCGCCCUGGAACAGGACACAAGGGAUGGGGGACAGGAGUAUGUGGUCAAGGAGGUCCUGCGCAUCGAGCCUGACAGGGCCCAGGCGGAUGAGGUCUUGCAGCUGCGGGAGGAACUGGAGGCACUGAGGCGGCAGAAGGGUGCCCGGGAGGCAGAGGUGCUCCUCCUGCAGCAGCAUGUGGCCACCCUGGCCGAGGAGAAGAGCCGGGCACGAGAGAAGGUCACCGAGAAAGAGGUGGUUAAACUGCAGAAUGACCCCCAGCUGGAGGCAGAGUACCGACAGGUGCAGGAUGACCACGAGCAGGAACGCCACCUCCGAGAGAAGCAGGAGGAGGAGCUGAGCUUCCUCCAGGACAAGCUCAAGAGGCUGGAGAAGGAGCGGGCCAUGGCCGAGGGCAAGAUCACCGUCAAGGAGGUGCUCAAGGUGGAGAAGGACGCAUCCACCGAGAGGGAGGUCAGCGAUCUCACCCGCCAAUACGAGGAUGAGGCUGCUAAGGCUCGUGCCAGCCAGAGGGAAAAGACCGAGCUGCUCCGGAAGAUAUGGGCCUUGGAGGAGGAGAAUGCCAAAGUGGUGGUGCAGGAGAAGGUGCGUGAGAUCGUGCGGCCAGACCCCAAAGCAGAGAGUGAAGUGGCCAACCUCCGCCUGGAGCUUGUGGAGCAGGAGCGAAAGUACCGGGGGGCAGAGGAGCAGCUCCGGAGCUACCAGAGCGAGCUGGAGGCCCUCAGGAGGCGGGGCCCCCAGGUGGAAGUCAAAGGCGUGACUAAGGAAGUCAUUAAGUACAAGACUGACCCUGAGAUGGAGAAGGAGCUUCAGCGGCUCAGGGAGGAGAUCGUGGAUAAGACCAGACUGAUCGAAAGGUGUGAUUUAGAGAUCUACCAGCUGAAGCAGGAAAUCCAGGCCCUGAAAGACACCAAACCCCAGGUCCAGACCAAAGAGGUGGUCCAGGAGAUCCUACAAUUUCAGGAAGACCCUCAAACCAAGGAGGAGGUGGAGUCUCUGAGGGCAAAGCUCUCAGCGGAGCAGAAGAGGCAAGUGGACCUGGAGAGGGAGAGGGCUUCCCAGGAAGAGCAGAUUGCCCGGAAGGAGGAGGAGCUCUCGCAGGUGAAGGAAAGAGUGGUGCAGCAGGAAGUAGUCAGGUACGAGGAGGAGCCUGGCCUGAGGGCCGAGGUGAUCUCCUUCGCUGAGAGCAUUGACGUGGAGCUCCGGCAGAUCGACAAGCUGCGUGCAGAGCUACGGCGGCUGCAGCGCCGGCGCACCGAGCUCGAGCGGCAGCUGGAGGAGCUGGAGCGCGAGCGGCAGGCCCGCAGGGAGGCUGAGCGUGAGGUGCAGCGGCUGCAGCAGCGGCUGGCAGUGCUGGAGCAGGAAGAAGCUGAGGCCCGUGAGAAGGUGACCCACAAGCAGAAGGUAGUGCUGCAGCAGGACCCGAAGCAGGCCCGCGAGCAUGCCCUGCUCCGACUCCAGCUGGAGGAAGAACAGCACCGGCGGCAGCUCCUGGAGGGUGACCUGGAGACCCUGCGGAGGAAGCUGGCCACCCUGGAGAAGGCGGAGGUCAAGGAGAAGGUGGUAUUUUCUGAGAGUGUCCAGGUGGAGAAGGGCGACACCGAGCAAGAGAUCCAGAGGCUCAAGAGCAGCCUGGAGGAGGAGAGCCGCAGCAAGCGCGAGCUGGAUGCCGAGGUGAGCCGGCUGGAAGCCCGGCUUUCGGAGCUGGAAUUCCAUAACUCCAAGUCAUCUAAGGAACUAGACUUUCUAAGGGAAGAAAACCACAAAUUACAACUGGAGCGGCAAAACCUGCAGCUGGAGACCCGAAGGCUCCAAUCGGAAAUUGAAAUGGCAGCGACGGAAACACAAGACCUGCGGAACAUGGCUGUGGCAGACUCUGGGACUAACCACGACUCUAGACUGUGGUCCCUGGAGAGGGAACUGGAUGACCUCAAGAGGCUCUCCAAGGACAAAGACCUCGAGAUCGACGAGCUGCAGAGGCGCCUGGGCUCAGUGGCUGUCAAGCGGGAGCAGCGGGAGAACCACCUGCGGCGCUCCAUCGUGGUCAUCCACCCUGACACGGGCCGAGAGCUGUCCCCAGAGGAAGCCCACCGCGCCGGGCUCAUUGACUGGAGCAUGCUUGUGAAACUCAAAAGCCAGGAGUGUGACUGGGAGGAGAUCUCAGUGAAGGGGCCCAACGGGGAGUCCUCAGUGAUACACGACAGGAAGUCUGGCAAGAAGUUCUCCAUCGAAGAGGCCCUGCAGAGCGGCAGGUUGACCCCUGCUCACUACGACCGUUAUGUCAACAAGGAUAUGUCCAUCCAGGAGCUGGCAGUCUUGGUGUCUGGGCAGAAGUAGGCACAGCCCUUGCAACUCUUCUUAGCAGCAGAUGCUGGCCCUCUCUUACGACACAGUGACCUCCUUGGUGUCGUCCUCUCCCUGGCCCUGUGCAGGCCAAGCAUUUUAUAAACAAACACCCUCGCUACCAGGCUGUCAAAGUCCAGCCCACAUAUGGGACAGGCACUGACUGAAGACAGGCAACUCUCAUCCCAACCACUAUUCACUCUGAGUAACCCACUUCAUCCUCCAGUGAUUGGACAAAUCCGAUACCCUUUUUUCCUCCCCUCUCCCGUACACUCCCAGCAACAAACUCCUCGUGAUAACUGCACACAAUCUGCGAACCACUAAAGGACAAGCCGACCACAGCAGCCAAGCCCACUCAAUGCAGCAUGGGCACUAGCACAGCAGACAGUGACACUCUGCCCUACAAAGGGCUAGACCCAUUGGGGCUGCUGCCCGCCAUGACAUCUCUCCAGAUUUCUGACUUAAAACCAACUUUCCAUCAGAGAAGCCGCCUUGGUAGUCACUUUGUUCAUGAAACAGAUCUGGGCUCCAUGCCAGGGAAGGCAAACAGAAAUCACAAGUGUCCAGCCCUCGGUGCUAGAGUGGACAGUAAUUGUCAGCCGGACUGUCCCAGCACCAAUAGAGAACACUUCAGUUCUGGCACUGAAAUCCUUUGAUAGUGGAUUGUGUUGCUCUUAGCCCUGGUUUCAGUGCUUUACUAGUCUCGCUUAUUAUCUCAUUGGUAUUUAGAUAUACAAAACAGUUGAUUAUUCACCGAGCAAAUUUCUGGUUCUCUGUAUCUCAUAUAUAACAGAAAAUGGGAACAAUAGGGAACUUUAUUUAAAGCAUGAAAAUAAACCUCGUGGCUGGAGCCUA